AUGAAACGAGAGAAUCAAUGCUUACAACGACAGCUGGGUAUACUAUUGGCAGCCAAGGCACUGACGGGGCUACAGCUUUUCGCACAGCAGAAGAGCGAAGGGGAAGACCCUAGUAGAAUGAUGACGUUGCUGAGCGAAUUGGUGCAACAAAGAAGGCAAGCAGCCACUGAGGAAGGCGAGUUGAAAGAAGGAAAUCAAAGUACUUCGGAAUCUGGACCGGUUAAUGGAAGCUCCAGUCGGGACAAGAGUCAACUUAGGCGCCAGGAGAGAGGUGAAAAUGGUAAGAGUCAUUCCAGUAGGACAAAAGAGGCCGAGAAGACGGAGCUCACAGAGGAUGGGAAACGGGAAGGAGAAUCCAGAGGAGUUGAUGAGAGUAAAAAGCGGAGGCCGGCCAGAAGGGAGAGAUCCACGCGGAGCAGGUCUGCACGAGGUGAAGACGAUGAUGGGAAGAGGCGCUCAACGAGGAGUCGAUCCAAACGAGAUGAGGACAGAAAUGAAAGAUCCAAAAGGAGCAGGUCCAGACGAGAUGAGAACGGAGAAGGGAAGAAGUCGUCGAAGAGGUCCGAAAGAAGCAGGUCAAGACCAGAUGAGGACGGGGAAGGGCAGAAGUCGUCGAAGAGGUCCGAACGGAGCAGGUCAAGACGAGCUGGGAACGGAGAAGGGAAGAAGUCGUCGAAGAGGUCCGAACGGAGCAGGUCAAGACGAGAUGAUGACGGGGAGGGGAAGAAGUCGUCUAAGAGGUCCGAUAGGAGCAGGUCAAAACCAGAUGAAGACGGGGAAGGGAAGAAGUCGUCGAAGAGGUCCGAAAGGAACAGGUCGAAAAGGUCUAAGGAUGAUACCAAACGGGAAACCUCGAGGGAGAAGUCUAAGGGGGACGAGUCUAAAGAUUCGAGAGACAACGAUAGGGAAGAUACUUCGAAGAGAGGAAAGUCCAGAAGGGACCGGCCCAAAGGACUUACCGAUGGUGAGAGCGGCAAACUGAGAAGGGACGAGCAAAAGAAAGAUGACAAGACAGAAGUCCAGAUAUUGGAGAAAGAGCGCUCCGAUGAGCCCAGCAAGGACAAGCCUGACAGAACUGGUAAAAAGAGAGUUGCUCACAAGGAGGGAAGUAGGAGUGCUUCCAGAAGAACACGAUCUAAGGAGAGCAGACGUGCAAGGAAGGGGAGUGACGGCGAAGGCCGGAAACGGAGCCGAACGAAGGAAAGGAACAAGGAAGAGAAGGGAACCACUGGUGUUGAUGAUAAUGAUGGCCGUGGGAGGUCGACGAGGGAAGCCGAGACGACUGACAAGCCUGUGGAGUCGGGGAAUGGUCACGAUAAUGCCCAAUCCACCGACCCGACUAUCACUGCGAGAAUAGUCAACUUCACCACUUCACUAUUGGCAAGUACUCAACCAGCAACACCGGCACCGGCUGUACCCUCUACCCCAACACCCGUGAUUGCAACGACUCAAGCACAACAACAACAACAAGAGCCUCCACAAAGCACGACCAAACCACCAGAAGCCAAGCAAGCGCCUCCACCACGAGAGUUAGAGCGACACGAUCUGCCCUUCAUGCCAAGUCUACCACCGUUUAAACCAGGUGAGUUCGCUAUAUGGAGAGAAUCAGAAGCCCGAAAGGCUAGGAUGAGAGCAGCAGCUACUAAGAAGAGCAGGAUGGGGGACUCGGACUCCGACUGA